AAAAAAGCAAAGAAAAUCCUUGGAUCCCAGCACACGCACUCACCCAACAGACAGCAAAACAAAGGAAGCUCUGUUUCAAAGAAAAAACAGGGGAAAGAGAAGCAAAAUAACAAUCCUCAGAAAUGCCCUUCUCCUCCUACCUUGGCAACACCCGCCGUGGCGGAGGAUGGGCCCAGUCGUUACUUCCUUCUUCAUCAGCCACCGUCAAAUCGACCCCCAAAUCCCAUCCCGCUCGAAAGUCACGCAAACGGACGGCUCUGAUCAACUACCUCUUCACCAACUUCUUCACCAUAUCUCUUUCCCUAUCCCUUCUCUUCUUCCUCCUAACUCUCCUUCUCUUCGGUAUCCCGAAACCCAUAUCAUCCCACUUCAAGCCCCGAUCCACAACCCGAAAGCCUACGAUUCGGAAAACCGUAACUCGAAAACAGCCCACCUUGAAUCCAAAGCAGAACGGUGCCGUGGUAGACGUAACGACUAAAGAACUGUAUGAUAAAAUUGAGUUCUUGGAUAAAGAUGGAGGGGCUUGGAAACAAGGGUGGAAAGUUAGUUACAAUGGAGAUGAAUGGGAUAGUGAAAAAUUGAAGGUUUUUGUGGUACCUCAUUCACAUAAUGAUCCAGGGUGGAAGUUCACUGUGGAAGAGUAUUAUGAGAGGCAGUCAAGGCAUAUACUGAAUACCAUUGUUGACACUUUAUCAAAGGAUGGUAGGCGGAAGUUCAUAUGGGAAGAGAUGUCCUACUUGGAAAGGUGGUGGAGAGAUGCCUCAGAGGAUAAAAAGGAAUCUUUUACAAAUUUGGUGAAGAAUGGGCAGUUAGAAAUAGUAGGAGGUGGUUGGGUGAUGAAUGAUGAGGCAAAUUCACAUUAUUUUGCCAUAAUUGAGCAGAUAACUGAGGGAAAUAUGUGGCUGAAUGACACUAUAGGGUUUGUUCCCAAAAAUUCUUGGGCAAUAGAUCCAUUUGGUUACUCACCUACCAUGGCUUAUCUCCUCCGCCGUAUGGGCUUUGAGAAUAUGCUUAUUCAAAGGACUCAUUAUGAGCUGAAGAAGGAACUUGCUUGGAAUAAAAAUUUGGAAUACAUAUGGCGUCAGAGCUGGGAUGCUGAGGAAACUACUGACAUUUUUGUACAUAUGAUGCCAUUCUAUUCAUAUGAUAUUCCACAUACUUGUGGACCAGAGCCUGCUAUUUGUUGUCAGUUUGAUUUUGCUCGGACGCAUGGCUUCUUUUAUGAACUCUGCCCAUGGGGAAGACAUCCUGUAGAGACUAACCAGGAAAAUGUCCACGAGAGGGCGAUAAAACUACUAGAUCAAUAUAGGAAGAAGUCAACCCUAUACCGGACCAAUACACUUCUUGUACCUCUUGGGGAUGAUUUCCGCUAUGUAAGUGUUGAUGAAGCUGAAGCUCAGUUUAGAAAUUACCAAAUGAUAUUUGACUACAUCAAUUCUAAUCCCAGUUUAAAUGCGGAAGCAAAAUUUGGUACUUUGGAUGACUAUUUCCAAACCCUUCGGGAGGAGGCUGACAGAAUAAAUUAUUCACUUCCUAGAGAAAUUGGCUCUGGUCAGGUUGGAGGUUUUCCUUCUUUAUCAGGUGACUUCUUUACUUAUGCUGAUAGGCAGCAGGAUUAUUGGAGUGGGUAUUAUGUGUCGAGACCUUUCUUCAAAGCUGUUGAUCGAGUACUAGAGCAUACACUUCGUGCAUCAGAAAUGUUGAUGGCAUUCUUACUUGGUUAUUGCCAGAGAGCACAAUGUGAAAAGUUGCCAACGGGGUAUGCUUAUAAGUUGACAGCUGCAAGGAGGAAUUUAGCUCUUUUCCAGCAUCAUGAUGGGGUGACUGGAACUGCCAAGGAUCAUGUUGUUCUGGAUUAUGGAACUCGGAUGCACACUUCUUUACAGGACCUGCAGAUUUUCAUGUCCAAAGCAAUUGAAGUAUUGCUUGGAAUUCGCCAAGAGAAGUCAGAUCAGACCCCUGCCCAGUUUGAUCCUGAACAGGUGAGAUCAAAAUAUGAUGCUCUACCUGUGCAUAGAGCAAUCAGUGCUCGGGAAGGAACUGCACAGUCAGUUGUACUCUUUAAUCCUCUUGAGCAAACAAGAGAGGAGGUUGUGAUGGUAGUUGUUAACAGACCAGAUGUUACUGUUUUAGACUCAAACUGGACUUGUGUUCAAAGCCAGGUUUCUCCUGAAUUGCAGCAUGACGAAAGCAAGAUUUUUACAGGCAGACAUCGCAUCCACUGGACAGCUUCUGUUCCUGCCAUGGGUUUGCAGACAUAUUAUAUUGCUAAUGGGUUUGUUGGAUGUGAAAAAGCUAAACCAGUGGAACUCAAACUCUUCUCAAAGUUGAGUUCAAUUCAGUGCCCUACACCAUAUGCUUGCUCAAAAGUAGAUGGAGAUGUCGUUGAAAUAGAGAAUUUGUAUCAAACUCUGACCUUUGAUGUCAAGCAUGGUUUGUUACAAAAAGUAGUCCACAAAAAUGGUCCCCAAAGCGUCGUGGUUGAAGAGAUAGGCCUUUACUCAAGUUCGGGAGGUGCAUACCUUUUUCUACCCAACGGUGAUGCUCAGCCUAUAAUUCAGUCUGGUGGACAUCUGGUUAUCUCUGAGGGUCCCUUGAUGCAGGAGGUGUACUCUUAUCCAAAGACCUCAUGGGAGAAAACCCCCAUCUCCCACAGUACUCGUAUAUACCAUGGAGGCAACACAUUUCAGGAGUUUCUGAUUGAGAAGGAAUAUCAUGUUGAGCUUCUUGGCAGGGAUUUUAAUGACAGAGAAUUAAUUGUUAGGUAUAAGACUGAUACUGAUAAUAAAAGAAUUUUCUACUCUGACUUGAAUGGCUUUCAGAUGAGCCGGAGAGAAACCUAUGAUAAGAUUCCAUUGCAGGGAAAUUACUACCCUAUGCCCUCUCUUGCAUUCAUGCAAGGGUCAAAUGGCCAGCGGUUUUCUGUUCAUUCUCGACAGUCGUUGGGUGCAGCAAGCCUUAAAGAGGGGUGGCUAGAGAUUAUGCUUGACCGUCGUUUGGUGAGAGAUGAUGGGCGUGGUCUUGGGCAAGGAGUGAUGGACAAUCGAGUCAUGAAUGUUGUUUUCCAUCUCCUGUUGGAAUCCAACAUUUCAACUUCAAAUUCUGUUUCCAACUCUCUUCCUCUGAGUCCAUCUCUUCUUUCUCAUCGUGUUAGUGCUCACUUGAAUUAUCCAUUACAUGCAUUCAUUGCCAAGAAGCCACAAGAAAUUUCUGUACAGAUACACUCGAGAACCUUUGCUCCUUUAGCUGCUCCCUUACCAUGUGAUUUGCAUAUUGUGAGUUUCAAAGUCCCUCGACCAUCAAAAUAUUCUCAGCAGCAACUUGGAGAUCCUAGGUUUGUUCUAAUGUUGCAUAGGCGAAAUUUUGAUUCUUCUUACUGCCAGAAGGCCAGAUCGCAGUGUACAAGUGUGGCUGAUGAGCCUGUAAAUCUUUUCAACAUGUUCAAGGGUCUUGCAGUACUGAAUGCAAGAGCAACUUCUUUAAAUCUUCUACAUGAGGAUACAGAGAUGCUAGGGUACAGUGAGCAGUUUGGUGAUGUUGCUCAAGAGGGACAUGUAAUUAUCACUCCCAUGGAAAUACAAGCAUACAAGUUGGAAUUGAGGCCACACCAGUGAAGACGGAGGCUGAUUUAAGUACUACUUUCCUACUGAUGCUGAUCAAAUGGAAUUAGUAGUGAAGGAGAGCUGAUCCUGUAUCCCACUGUCAACAUAAUUAUGAUUAGUGGUAAUUAACCAUGUGCUGCUAUCCCAUGAAAUAUCUGAACAAGUCAAGAGACUUCAGACUAGCAGAAUGUAAAGACUUUUGGAUGAAGUGCGUGGCUGAAAAAUGAGUAAUUUAGUGGAAUGGUAAGAGGUUACCUGCAUCGAAUUAUCAUAGAAAGAUAUCAGGAUAGUUUUUGCUGUUUUUUGUGUACAAUUAGUGUUAUUAGUUGAACACUGAGAAAUUCAUUUUUUGUGAUAUUUUCUGGGGAACUGAGAUUUCUGUAAACACCUUCUAGAGCUAAGGUUGGACCAUAAUCAACUUGAAAUUUUGCUUAUAUCAUUUUGCUUUGCAAA